CCAUGCUCGUGUAACUUUCUCUGUAACAGUAAACAAUGUCACACCUCGGCCAGCUGUGACGCCAAUGGCUUACGCAGCAGGAUACCAGCCAGUUCCAAGCCAUCCUAUGCAUGCCAUACCAGCAAACAAGGCCGGUAUGCCUCCAACAUAUCAAG